AUGAUGAAUGACCUGAAGGAAAAAGGAAAAGCUGCAUUUCUUGAGAAGGAUUACGGGAAAGCUGCCGAAUUGUAUGGUCAUGCAAUUGCUCAGGAUCCUACGGAUGCCGUUUUGUUCUCAAAUCGUGCUCAAUGUUACAUCAACUUGAAAAAUUGGAAGAAAGCAUUGGAAGAUUGCACGGAAGGAUUAGAACGGAGUCCAACAUCAAAUAUAGAGGAGAAGUUGUUAUAUCGGAAGGCAUUAGCAGCCAGAGCAUUGGGUCAGAUCACGUUAGCUGCAACUUGUCUAGGUGAGGUGUUGAGAAUCUCAUCUUCAAAUCAAGUUGCCAGAACACAGUUGGCAGAGGUCAAUUCACUACUUGAUCAUUCGCAGUUGCAGGCCUCAAAAAAAUUGAAGUCUUCAUUAAAUGGGAGCCAGAUCCCCAUAGAAGUGGUGGAUUCGUUGCCAGAGAAGUAUGCCACGAUUGUGGAUCCUCCUACUGUGCCCAAAGUCAGACAGCCAGCAAACCUGAUCUUGGUCGAAAAGAUGUCAGAAGAGCUUUUUCUGGAUAGGCCGGCUAAACAGCUGUCGAAGCUGUCCACAAAUAUUACGUUUGUGGAGAGGCCAGCCAUGCUGAAGUUGAGGGUCUUGGACCACCUUCUGCCAGAUGUUAGAGCACGAGCAUUCAAGCCAAUCUUAGAGUUGAGCAAACUGGACAUAUUAGAGCUUGGUGACAUUGAACCUGAAUUUCUAGAACUCUUCAUUGACUCGGGAACCUAUGGUUUGCUAAGUAUAAAAUCUCCUUGCAAAUGUGUUCGAGCCAAAAGAUUUCUGGUUUGCUCAAUACUGUAG